AUGGAAGACAAUGACAUGUUUGAAAUAACCGAUGAUAGAGUUAAUAUACGAGAUUUGACUUGUAAAUACUUAACAAAAGAAUUUAAAGAAUUAGAAUUUAAAGAAUUAGAUAAAAAAAGAACUAGAUACAGAUAUAAAGCUUAA